CGCUGUUCGGGGGAGACGAUGGGGACGAUGAUUGGAUGACGCCGCGUGGGACGGGCGCGGAGACGCCGCGCGGGGACGCGCGCGCGGCGGACGUCGGUGUGGCGGCCGUGGUGACGUCGAGGGCGACGCGCGCGGUGGAUGUGACGCAUGCGGUGCGGACGAACGGGCCGUUCGCGUCGCCAAACGGGGGGAGGGAUGAUGGGAUGGAAUUUUUUAACGAGUUGGACGCGAGCGUGGAGACCGAACCGAGCGCGCGCGAGAGAGAGGGAGACGGGCGUUCGCACGCGGCGCCCGUGGAUGCGCCGGUGUACGAGACGACCGUGGACCCGCCGUUGAUGGCGGCGCCGCCACCGGUGGCGACGUCGGAUUUCGGCACGGCGACGCUCUUCACGCACGCGUCCGAAUCCGACGAGGCGUUCUACGAAGAGACGCACGCGCCGGCAGAGUAUCCGCAGACAGAGUUCGUCGGCGCACACGAACAGUCUUCCGCGGAGUGGUGGCCGAGUGAAGCAGUAGAGCUCAAACAGGAGCCGGAACCGGUGUCGGAGGCUGUACCGACGCCGGAACCUCUGAUGGAAUACGUCGCACAACACGAACACGAACAACAGUUCCCGACGAGCUUUGCGAACGACGAUCCGCCGACGCAAGCGCAGUACGAGCAACGACCGCCACCGCGAACGUCUUCUUAUGAUUACGGUAACGGCUCGUUCACCGAUCAGGGACCGCCGCCGAUUGUGCCGGCGUACUCGUCUGAAAAUUUUCACAGCCGAGUAUCGUCGACGAGUUCAAUUUCAGACAUGAUGGCGCCGAUUCCACCAACGCCGUCGAUGCCAACAUUCAUGGUGCCAGAACCCAUUCAACCCGUGCAAGAGUCACCCAUGGCCGUCGUUCGCGCCGUGUCGCAGACGGAGAUACCGCCACCUUCUACUCCGCCACCCCGUGUGAGCGCCGGAUAUGCGUCUUUCGAGCCUGCGCCACCACCGCGACAAGAAUCGUACCCACCUGCACCGGUAGCGAGCUACGGAGUGUACGCGCAGUCGUAUGAAACUCAAGCGGCGCAACCACAACAAUAUUCGGCUUACGGCGAAAGUCAAACUCGCAAACCAGUCGGUUUUGACGAAACGGAGCGCUCCCCAGACGGUAGACCGCAUCACGUGGCGUUGAGCUUCGGCUUUGGUGGCGUGCUCGCGCUUACUGGACCUGGAUUCCCAGGCGGUAGGCAGACUCAAGGAACGAGCAUACCCCCGUGUAGUGUGCAAGUGCACUCGGUGCGGUCAUUAUUGCAAGGUGGCAACACGCUCGGAACGGCGUACAUACGCUCGGUGGAUCUUUUUAGUGGUCCACUAAACAAUCGGCGCGCCACGGACGUAGCGAAGAUGAUUGACGGCGUCCUGGCUUCGGAUGGCGAGCCACAAGGGGAGAGCGACGCUGUGCUCUACCGGGUGUUGCAAACUAUGGUGCAGUAUCAGGGCGAACUCAUGACUACUGGAGACUUGCUGGGUGAGAAUAGAAAAGGCGCUAACGCUGAACUUGCGCGAGUGCUCACGAGCACACAAGAAACGUCCACCGGUGGUUGGGUCGCGGCGAGUUCGGGGACAUCUCCGCUCAAUCCCGCGGGUGAGAGCGAUAAGCAUGCGAUCUUGCAAGUAGAAAGCCUUCUCAUUGAAGGUCGUCGAGGUGAAGCAUUGAGAGUUGCUGUUGACGCGAAGUUGUGGCCUCAUGCACUCCUGCUCGCGGGCCAUUUAGGAGGCAGACACUACCAAGAGACGGUUGCAACGAUGGCCAGAAGUUCAUGUACGCUCGGUUCGCCUUUGCAUACGCUUGAAAUACUCUUGGCUGGUAUUUCUCACGAGCUCACUUCGAGUACAGAAGGCAUGCCGACUGCGUCGAGAAUUCGAGAGUUGAUCCCGAGAUGGCGAGAACAUGUCGCCAUUUUGUGUUCCAACCCCACCAAGGGCACUGAAUUCAUGCUGAAAGCUCUUGGCGACGAGCUUUGGCGUCAAAAUGACUUGAAUGCGGCGCAUGCGGUUUAUGCUUUGUCUAAGGAACGGCCCGCGCCGUAUUCAUUCAACUCUCGGAUGUGCCUGAUUGGAGCGGACCAUAGGAAAUUCCCAAGAACGUACGCCACGCCUCAAGCUGUGCAGCUCACCGAAAUAUUGGAGAGCGCACUCGUGGGGUCGAAUCCUCAGGCGCAGUUACCGGCUCUGUUGCCGUAUAAGCUGCUGCACGCGGGAGCUCUAGCGGAGGUUGGCAAGUUGAAGCGCGCGCUGGCCUAUGUUGAAUCCGUUUCUAGAAGUGUUCGAUCCUUGGAUAAAAAUAGCCCAGAGGUGAAUGUCGUCCUGGUAGGUACAUUGGCGGCUCAAAUGGAGCAUAGACUUCAGAAUGCGCUGAAGGGCAAAGCUGGACGAUUAGCUGACGCGGCGGCAGGCGCUGCGAAAUCUCUAGUGAGUGGGGUCAAAGGUUUGCUUGAUAGAAGCGUGAGCUCUCUCUUUGGCGAUGCAGGUGAAUUCCAACAACCUCAGCCUCUUGGACAACUUCAUCAACCUCAACUUCAACUGCACCAGCCUCAAAUGCAACCGCAUCAACCCCAAAUGCUAGCGCACCAGCCUCAAAUGCAGCCGAUGGUGUCACCUCAGAAUGCGCCAACUGAACCACGGCACGAGCGAACGCCGAGCGGUGGUUUAUUGCGUUCGGUGUCUUCCCUGUUUGGAGGCGUCGCACCGAAGCCUUCUCCUACACACGAGCCGGUGGUGAGCCACGAGAAUGCGUUCUAUUACGACGAACAGCGAAAGAUGUGGCUGGAGCGUGGUAAGGAACCGCCUGCCGAGACAAAGCCCGUCGGCGCCCCGCCCACUAGAAAUGCGUCCGACAACAGCUUUGGCGGAUCAGAUUCCACGAGUCAGCCGCCUCCUGUCAUGGCGCCGGCGACCCAUGCGAAGGCGAAGCAUGAAGGCGGUAUCCACUCGAGAUAUGUCGACACGUUCGCGGCUCAGGGCGGUGCGUCGCCUAUUGCUACGCCGCCGGCGCAAGGCUUUGUGCCAGUCGUGCCGGGAGCCGGACUGGCACCGAGUCGGCCCAGCAAUUUUUUCAUUCCUGGACCUUCGACAUCGCACUCGCGUGACGAUUCACACAGUGAAAGCUUUUCAUCGGUGUCUCAUCAGCCUCAAGAGCGCACGAAUGACGGCGCCGCCUUUUACGGGUACGACGCAACGUCGCGUCAGCCCGUCGAAUCGGUGGCGCAGCAAUCGACGGGCGCCAUCCCGCGUCCACCCACAAUCGAUCCCUCACUCCUAGCCUCAGUUCAAUCUGCGCCACUCCCAGCGUUCGGAGCGUCGGGAAUUCCCGCCGCCGCCGAGCUCGUCGCGGACGAAAUGACCGAGUUGAACUUGCAAUAG